AUGGACAAGACAGCUAUUUAUUAUGAUAUUGCAUAUGCAACUCAACACUCUUCUCAAAAGAUGGAUAUCUAUGAACCUUCACUUGAUGGUGUUGAACCAGGUACUCUCUUUCCUUUGAUGGUCUAUGUUCAUGGAGGUUUUUGGAUGGAUCGUGAUAAAUCUGAUUACCUUACAAUGGGUAGAUACUUUGCAUCAAAAGGUAUUGUUGUAGCCGUUGUAAACUAUCGUCUAUCAAAGAAGGCUCAUAAAGUACCUGUUAGAUAUCCAACUCACAAUCAAGAUUUGGCACAAGCUAUUAGUUGGUUGGUUGACAAUCAAUCAGACUAUCGUUACGAUUCCAAUAACAUUCAUCUCGUUGGUCAUAGUUGUGGUGCUCAUAUGAUUUCAAUGAUUGCUUUGAAACCAACAGACUACCUUACUCCAUCAUCUCCAUACACAAUUAGAUCGUGUAUCGGUAUUCAGGGCAUCUAUGAUAUCUCACAGCUCAUUCGUGACUAUCCAGACUACAUCUCAGAGAUUGAGUUUGUAUUCAAUUCAUCUUCGGAUUGGGAGGCACCACAACAAAUAGUUUCACAUGGUCGUUCAGAUUAUAACGCAUCACUUAAAUGGUUAAUUGUACAUGCACCAACUGACCAAUUGGUCAACCCACCACAAUCAUCAAACUUUGUAACUCAUCUCAGCCAACAAUGCAAAUACACCAAUGUUGAAUCAUUCACUGAUGCUCAAGGUUCUCAUUUUGCUGUUGUAAUGAAGUUGGGAGAAGAAGAAGAAAAAUCAUUGGAUAACUUAAGAUCUGCAAUCUUGACUUUUAUCAAAUAA